AAUGAGCUCAUUUUAAAGACCAACUUCAUCAAGAAAGAAUACUAAUACAUUACCACCUUAAUAAGGUGAUUUAGAGGAAUAUAUGUACAUAUAUAUCUAUAUUCAAUUCUAGUUAAAUCUUAUAUGAUCAUUAAAAGAGUUGUGAAAAGGCUGGCAAAUAUUUGGAGGCUGACUAAGCAAAAAAGAGGUUGGCUGAACUUAAAAAAGAACUUGAUUCUAAAAAUAAAGUAGAUGUCAAAGAUAGACAUUGUUCUGAAAAAUAAGAAAUAGAAAAAGCUCAUCUUGAUGAAUUUAAUCAAUUCAAUACAUUUUGGGAUUAAAAAAUGAUUGAAUUUGAUUAGGAAGCUUAAAAAGUUAAAGAAUAAACACUUUAAAGACAUGAGGAUGAAUUAAGAUAAUUUUCAGAAGAACUUGAAAAUUCUAUUCCAAUCAAACCAAAAGACUCAGCUGAAUUAUUGGCUUUAAGAAAAACAGAAGAGUAAUUGGCUAAAUAGGAAAAGUAUAGCAAUACAAUAAAUUUUUAUAGUUAUAUGGAAGCACAUUUAAUCUAGUAAAAAAUCUUAGCUUAAGAGAGAGAUGAAUUAGAGAAAUGGACAGUAGGAAGAUAAUAAAAAAUAAGGAAUCUAAUUAGUUAACUUAGAUAAAAAUAGAUUAAUGAAUUGAAUGCACUUACAUAAAGAAUUUUAAGUGGAUAAGAAGAAUAAAGAAAAAUAAGAUCUUAAGAAUUAGAAAAGUAAUUAAUUUAUAUAUAAUAUAAUUAGAUUAUUAUAAAAAUAUUAAAAUGUUAGAAAAGAAUUAGAAAGUCAACAAGUUCAAGAGAUUACUAGAUUAGACAAAUCAUGUAAAAACUAAUGUACAUUAUUCUCAUUUAAUUUUUAGCCAUAAUGUAAUAAUCUAGGAUGAAUCAAUCAAGAAUGUAAUAAAGUUAUGCUAAGGAUGAAAACUAAUAUAUUAGAUGAG